AUGGCCCUGCUGCAUUUGGAAGGUGGCACGUUCACAUACAUGUCCGAAUAUGCAACCAGAGCAGCAGCACGGCAGGCACUUGGCACAUGGGAAGACUUCAUCAACAUUCUCAAAGUGAACUACAGAACCCUCGACCUGGACAAGGAUGCGCAGCAGCAUCUGAAGGAUAUCUGUGGCAAGAUGCACACUGCACUCAUCGGCUACAUCGCUGAACAUCGAAGCAAGGACGUACACCAGGCAAUGGUCACACGAGACAGUCUAGGAAUUUCUGAUCCCAUCACAUGGCCAGAAUAUCUCGACCUAUGCCUUCAAUUAGAGUCCAAGUUCAGGGCCGAUAAGGCAGGACAGCGUGGAAUGGUAACAACGACAUCAUCAUCGGCACCACAGGCCUCGAAAGACCCCAAUGCAAUGGUCGUGAAUAGAGUAUCCACCCUCACCAAGGAACAAGAAGGAUGGCUGGAGAAGAAGCUGUGUGUACGAUGUGGGAAACACCCCUUCAUUUUUAAACAGCGAUGCCCAGACCCCAAGUACAAAGGCAAGUUCGAAAUGCCAAAGCGGGGCCAAGCAACAAGGGCAAUUUCUUCAAACACGGCCUCAGACAUCUCCGACGACAGCAAGGCGAGAUACGAAGCAGUCCGUGCUUUCAUCGCCAGCUACGACGUGAAGGGAAAGGAAAAGGAGGCAGAACCGGAACCAGCUGUCGAAGCAGCUAGGAUCACGGAGGUAGAAGAUGAUAAGGAUUUUCUUCGAUGGGUUCUCUGA